AUGUCUAAGCGACACCGGUUGGACCUGGGGGAGGAUUACCCCUCCGGCAAGAAGCGUGCGGGGACCGAUGGGAAGGAUCGAGAUCGUGACCGUGACCGUGAAGAUCGGUCUAAAGAUCGAGACCGAGAAAGAGAUAGAGGAGAUAGAGAGCGGGAAAGGGAAAAAGAAAAGGAGAAGGAAUUGCGAGCUUCGACAAAUGCUAUGCUUAUCAGUGCUGGAUUACCACCUUUAAAAGCUUCCCAUUCAGCUCACUCAACCCACUCGGCACAUUCAACACAUUCGACACAUUCUGCGCAUUCAACACACACCGGCCAUGCAGGACACACAUCACUCCCACAGUGCAUUAAUCCAUUUACCAACUUACCCCACACGCCUCGAUACUAUGAUAUUCUGAAGAAACGACUUCAGCUCCCUGUUUGGGAAUACAAGGAUAGGUUUACAGAUAUUCUGGUUAGACAUCAGUCCUUUGUACUUGUUGGUGAGACUGGGUCUGGUAAAACAACACAGAUUCCACAGUGGUGUGUGGAGUACAUGCGAUCAUUACCAGGACCCAAAAGAGGAGUUGCCUGUACCCAACCCAGGAGAGUGGCUGCAAUGAGUGUGGCUCAGAGAGUUGCUGAUGAAAUGGAUGUGAUGUUGGGCCAGGAAGUUGGUUACUCCAUUCGAUUUGAAGACUGCAGUAGUGCAAAAACCAUUCUUAAGUAUAUGACUGAUGGGAUGCUACUUCGUGAAGCAAUGAAUGACCCUCUCUUGGAGCGUUAUGGUGUAAUAAUUCUUGAUGAGGCUCAUGAAAGGACAUUGGCUACAGAUAUUCUCAUGGGUGUUCUGAAGGAGGUUGUUAGACAGAGAUCAGAUUUAAAGGUUAUAGUUAUGAGUGCUACUCUGGAUGCAGGAAAAUUCCAGAUUUACUUUGAUAACUGUCCUCUCUUAACUAUUCCUGGGCGUACACAUCCUGUUGAGAUCUUUUAUACUCCCGAACCAGAGAGAGAUUAUCUUGAAGCGGCAAUUCGAACCGUGAUCCAAAUUCAUAUGUGUGAAGAGGAGGAAGGAGAUCUGCUACUUUUCUUAACUGGUCAAGAGGAAAUUGAUGAAGCCUGUAAGAGAAUAAAGCGCGAGGUUGAUGAUUUGGGCCCUGAAGUCGGUGACAUCAAAAUCAUUCCAUUGUAUUCCACACUCCCACCUCAGCAGCAGCAACGCAUCUUUGAGCCUCCACCUCCAAAAAAACAAAAUGGAGCAAUUGGAAGAAAGGUAGUUGUGUCAACUAACAUUGCAGAAACAUCUUUGACAAUAGAUGGUGUGGUGUUUGUAAUUGAUCCUGGAUUUGCGAAACAAAAGGUGUAUAAUCCUCGAAUCAGAGUUGAGUCCCUGUUAGUGACAGCCAUUAGUAAAGCUUCAGCUCAGCAAAGGGCUGGUCGAGCAGGACGAACCAGACCUGGAAAGUGCUUCCGACUUUAUACAGAGAAAGCUUACAAAACAGAGAUGCAGGAUAAUACCUAUCCUGAGAUUUUGCGUUCUAAUUUAGGAUCAGUUGUGUUACAGUUGAAGAAACUUGGUAUUGAUGAUUUGGUGCAUUUUGAUUUUAUGGAUCCACCAGCUCCUGAAACUCUGAUGAGAGCCCUAGAACUUUUGAAUUAUCUGGCUGCUUUAAAUGAUGAUGGAGAUCUGACUGAAUUGGGAUCCAUGAUGGCCGAGUUUCCUCUAGAUCCACAGCUCGCUAAAAUGGUUAUUGCAAGUUGUGACUACAACUGUUCUAAUGAGGUCCUAUCUAUUACUGCUAUGUUGUCAGUCCCACAGUGUUUUGUUCGUCCCACGGAGGCCAAGAAAGCUGCAGAUGAGGCCAAGAUGAGAUUUGCCCACAUAGAUGGAGAUCAUCUGACAUUGCUGAAUGUCUACCAUGCUUUCAAACAAAAUCAUGAGUCGGUUCAGUGGUGUUAUGACAACUUCAUUAACUACAGGUCCCUGAUGUCAGCAGAUAAUGUACGCCAGCAGCUAUCAAGAAUUAUGGACAGAUUUAAUUUGCCUCGUCGAAGUACUGACUUUACAAGCAGGGACUAUUAUAUUAAUAUAAGAAAAGCUUUGGUUACUGGGUAUUUUAUGCAGGUGGCACAUUUAGAACGAACAGGGCAUUACUUAACUGUGAAAGAUAACCAGGUGGUUCAGUUGCAUCCCUCCACUGUUCUUGACCACAAGCCUGAAUGGGUGCUUUAUAAUGAGUUUGUUCUUACAACAAAGAACUACAUCCGGACGUGUACAGAUAUCAAGCCCGAAUGGUUGGUGAAAAUUGCCCCUCAAUAUUAUGACAUGAGCAAUUUCCCACAGUGUGAAGCAAAGAGACAGUUGGACCGCAUCAUUGCCAAACUGCAAUCCAAGGAAUAUUCACAGUACUGA